AUGACUCUUACUAUGAUUCAAUCCUCAACCGAGUUCGAAGCGGAUCAGCUCUACAACGCCAUUCACUACUCAGAUUUCGCCUAUGACUACACAACGAAGGUUUCAGCCUAUUUGAAAGACUUUCCUGCUCUUCCCUCCGUUUCGACCACCGAAUACUCCUACGCACCAACCUCAAUACCUACUUGGUGGUCAGAUUUCACGCACAAUACACUUUUGUCAGACAUGUCUUAUCCAGUCUCACCAAGAGAGUUGAAAUCUCUCAUUGCAGCCGAAUUACACCAAGGUCUUACGCAGUCAGCUAUCCUCCAGCAUUGGAUGCAGAGAUGUGGGAGCGAAAUCCCGCUUGGCAGUGCCGCUGCAGCCGCAGCACUCCAAGACGCUAUUAUCGUGGCCUCUGAUGCUGAGUGGUACGAGCACGAUGACCAUUUCAUCACGGAACUCGGAAUAUCUGUUCUCAAUCCGCGUUCCGUGCCACAAACAUUUUCCUCAUCACCAUGGGGUAUUCUCACCAGCAUGGAGAACUACCACGUGCGCAUCAAACCACACGCACAUCUCACCAACAAAGACCUCUGCGAAGGGCACCCGGAUGCCUUCCAGUUUGGCAGCACAACCUUUGUCAGCGUGAAAGAAGCGAAAGAAAUGCUGCGCAGCGUUUUCACUCGCCGAGACAUCUACGGUAAUCUACGUCCAAUCAUCUUCGUCGGCCACGCCGUCUCGAAUGACUACGAAGUCAUAAAAUCGCGCUUUGGUCUCGACCUUGAGGAACUCGGCACUAUCGUCGCAACAAUCGACACACAAGUGCUGGCCGUAGAACACGGCCUCGUAAACCCAUCCCGCAAAAUCCGCCUCGCACACCUCCUCUCCGAAUACGACAUCAAAGAACCAUACCUUCACAACGCUGGUAACGACAUCGUAUGCACCAUGAUCGCCGCUUUCCUCAUGCUUUGUCCUCCCACCGAAGCCCCGCUCAAUAAGUUGCAUUACGUAGACCUCAAAGCGCAACUCCACAACGCGGGCCAAACCGCCAUCAAAGAAGGCCGCGGAAAUGCAUUCAUGUGGUCAAACAGGCUGCGCUGA